UUCUUUCAUUAUUAAAUAUUCGUCCUCUCCCGCGAGACCUUUCCGUCAUCGUCUCGAGUACAUGUACAGAGUGCCAGGAAGCGCAGCAUGACACCGGAGUACAAGGCGCAGAAGGAGGCUGCCGUGUCCUUCUUGGGCGGCGGCGGGAUCUGGGAAAUUAACCAUGUUGCCCUGGUGGCCCCGGCCGCCGCCUUUCUGUGGGCAAUGCUGCAGACGCGACAGAACUACUUCAAACAGUACACUGUCGCCGCCGCUUUCUCCGAUUUCCUGAUACAAUGUGGAGCCAUCCUGUUCGCGACCACGGUCUAUGCUGGUGCGCCUCAGAUACUGAAUGGCUUACUGCUGCUGCCUGCCAUCGCUGCGUACCUGCAGCCCAGUCCAGAAGUCAAAAAGUCCGUCAAACCACCUACGAAAGUGGGUGCCAAGGAAAAAUCCUCAGCCGACGAGCCCAAGAAGACCGAGGAUGACGAGAAGAAGGACGAUCUGCCCGUGAAGCCCUUCAUCACCGCUUACCGUGGCGCCAUGAUGGUCAUCACGUGUUCGAGCAUACUGGCUGUGGACUUUCCGGUCUUCCCACGACGCUUUGCCAAGACAGAAUCGUUUGGCACAUCACUCAUGGACAUGGGCGUGGGAUCUUUCGUGUUUGCCGCCGGCAUUGUCGCAGCUCGUCAGCAGCUCAAGGAGGACCAAGAGGCUUCGCGGUCUCUCGUGAAACGAUUCAAAGCUGCGCUCAGGCACUCUUUGCCUCUCGCAGCUCUGGGCCUUGCCCGCCUCUGGAGUGUGAAGAGUCUCGACUAUGCCGAGCAUGUGAGUGAGUAUGGUGUCCACUGGAACUUCUUCUUCACCCUUGCGCUCCUGUCCCCCGCCAUUGCGAUACUACAGCCGCUGUUGCGCUACACACAAUAUGUUGGCGGGUACAACAUCUUUGCAUUUGUGCUUGCCAUCUGUUACGAGAUCAUCCUAUACUGCGUGCCCGAUAUGAAGGCCUAUAUCAUUCUCUCCGAGCGCAAGCCUGGCGACUGGCUGUCGCAGAACAGAGAGGGAGUCUUCUCCUUCAUUGGAUACCUGGCCAUAUUCAUUUGCGGCAUGGGUGCCGGUGUGAACAUCCUUCCACGCGAGCCUGAACCCGGCGCGAGGAAACUGCUCCAAAAGGAUCCCCUCGAGGCCGACGAAGACUGGCUUGCUUCAGUUCUCGGAGCUGCCGAAAAGGAGGACGAACCGAACAAGGCAGCACCCCCGCCAAUGGAGAUGCCCAAACUCAAGCCAGAGUGGCCCAAGCCAACUCUUCAUCGGCUGGGCGCGUUGACGUUCAUGUGGUUCAUCUUUUCCACGUGGGCAAUGUGGAGAUAUGGUCCCCGAUUGUUCGUGUCGCGGAGAAUGGCCAAUCUGGCAUACGUCUGCUGGGUAUGCACGUUCAACUACGCACAGCUCCUCUUAUUCAACAUCAUUGAGAAAAUCAUGUUUCCGAAUGUAUACACGGCAAAGACAAAAGAGGCAGAGCGCUCCCGCAUCCGCGACGCCACUAGCCCGGUGAUGCGCGCGUACAACCGCAAUGGUCUGGCCAUCUUCUUACUGGCCAACUUGCUCACGGGUCUGGUCAAUAUGACUCUGCCCACCAUCCACAUGGGUGAUGUUCCUGCCAUGACGGUAUUGGUCAGCUAUAUGGGUGUACUCACCGCAGUCGCACUCGCACUCGACCAUUACAACAUUUCCAUCAAGCUAUAGGUGGCUGAGGGUUAUGACAUUCUAGAAUCAGCAUUAUCUGUGUACAUUACUAUGUAUCAUACCAAGUUCCGUCUUCG